CAGUGUGUGAUUAUUCAGGUCUGCCUCAUGGCCACAGAACCCGGAAGUAGCGUUCAGAUACAAAUGUAUCGCUGAUUGUCCGAGUGCCAGCGGCCUUGCGUUCACCCGUCUGUCUGCAGUUCAUAUUCAGCAACAAUGCGAGUCCCACAGGUGUCAAGCUCUCCACGCAUCCAGGCGGUGUUGACCAGCUCAUCCUCGGGUCUAGAGGGCUUCAAAGCUCACACCAUCUUCCAGGAGAUCAGUAAAAAGCUGCAUGAGGACGGAGAGCAGUUUGUGAAGAAGAUCGGAGGUGUGUUUGCCUUCAAGGUGAAGGACGGGCCGGGAGGAAAGGAAGCCAUCUGGAUCGUUGAUGUUAAGAACGGAAAAGGCUCCGUUCACAACGAUGCCGAAAAGAAAGCAGACUGCACCAUAGCGAUGGCCGACUCAGACCUGCUGGACCUCAUGACUGGAAAGAUGAAUCCACAGACCGCGUUCUUCCAGGGCAAACUGAAGAUCACCGGAAACAUGGGCAUGGCAAUGAAGCUUCAAAACCUGCAGCUGCAGCCGGGAAAAGCCAAGCUGUGAAAGGCGGAGCCUCAAAGAAGGUGGGGUCUCGAGUAGCCCCUCCCACUGAGUUCACUCUGUUAGAGUAGCUGCAGGAGUCAGACCAAAAGAGUUUCUGCGCUGUAGUUUGAGCCUCUUUCUAACAAGGUAAAGUGAUAGUUCACCCAAAAAUAAACAUUUACUCAGUUUUCCAAUACUUUUCCAUAAUGUAAACCAUUCGACUAUGCUUAGUCUUUUUCUGAAGAUAAACUUCAAAUGUUACGAGCAUGGAUUUGUGAGUGAAUAACGCCAGAAAUCUAAUUUUUGGGUGAAUUAUCUAAUUAUUUAAAUGAAUCACAGGAGUCUGAUAGACGGUUACAAAAAUACUAUAUUAACAAUGCUCUUUAUUUUUAUUUUAUUUUUUUUUCCUUCGAUUGGCACCAAUAACUGUUUAAAUUGUAUGUGUGUGGAUUGAUUGUUUGCUCUGAAGGGGUUUAUUGGAAGUGAACCCUGGUAAAGUGCCUGCGAACUAUAAACUUACACACUGGGAUUUAAUGUACGGACGUGUUGUUAAAAUGUGCGACAGCAUUGCGAUUCAUUCUCUUUCGUCUUUAUAGUUAUUCUAGGUUAUUAGGAGCAGGUUUACAGUGCUGCUCUGAUAAAACAAACACCAAUUAAUAAAAAUAUAUCCAUCAGAACAGUGUAUGGAUAUAUUUGACAGUAUCUCACAGGUAUAAUUGUAGCAUCACGUCAAUGUUUUUUUUUGAGUGUUUCCCCAUCAGAUGCUAAAAUACUUUUGUACUAAAUAAACCUAAUCUUUCUCAUUAAAAUAGGAAGUGUCUGUUUUUAAUUUAUCAAUUGAUUAUCAUGAACAAAACGUGUAUGAAUCAAAUUUAUUUUCCUCAAUCCAAAACCAUUGGGUGGGGGGGGGGGAGAAAAAAACUAGAUUUUUGUAGAGGGAAGCAGGGCCUACAAAAGAGGAUUUUCCCUGAAAUAAGACUAAUUGAAGUCAAUUUGCAUACAGGUCUGUUAAAGAACUAAUGUGUAGGCCAAGGCUUUAGCAUGAAAACAACUCGUACAUAAACCAUCACUUUCCUUUUUUCUUUUUUCGGAGUAUUCACGUUGAAGCUCGUUUGCCUAUGUGUCGUUUUCUUGCUCUUGUUGUGAGAUGAACCGGUGUAAGUGUGCGUUCCAGCGCUCAUGGAAAGCUCAGACGUUUCCACCCAAAGCUACUGGCCGAUGUCCAGCCUGCCACGCUUUUGUUUUUCCUUUGAAAACUUCAGCUGAGACACUAAAUCCCUGAAAUUGUUAACUAGCUCUGACCUACAUUCCACAGCUCGACUCUCUCUCUGUCCUUCAUUUGAAACCUUCAUUUCUUCAAUAAUAUAUGCACUAUUAAUUACAGUUCUGAAUGCUGAUUAUCGUAUCAUAUUAUAUUAGUCAUAUUAUCAUGAAAUUAUAUCAUAUAAUAUUAUUGUAGCUGUAUUGUUUAGUGUGUGUGUGUAUUUGUAUAUUUCAGUUAAAGUUUUAUUUCAAGUAACAAAAAUGUUUGGAAAUAUUGAUGAUAUUAUGUCAAAAUUAAUAAUUAUAAAAUUUCUGCUAUUUAAUGAAUAAAUUAUGCAGAUUUUUUA